CUAUUGUUGAGUAACGAACUGUUUACUCAUACCUCGUACGCGUUUCGUCCUUCGGCCUUUUCGGUUUAUUCUAUCGUCAAGGCGCACAGCAGCGUCGAUCUUCUCCGAUUGUCCCGGGAACUGCGCGACCAGAUCUACGCCUAUGCGCUCCAUCAGGGGGGCUGUCUUUAUUUCCACCGCAAAGGUGACUACAAAGCAUACUUCAGUACAAGUUCGCGUCAACCGCAGGAAAUCGUUGAGCUCCAGUACAUGUGUUGGCAGCUUCGCUCGGAGGCUCUCGGACUGGAAUGGCAGCUUAACGGCUUCACCUUCCUGUCUCAUGAAGACCGGUGCGGCCAAUUUGUCGACAAAUCAUUAACAGAAUAGCUCAUAGGCUUCUUGGAUAUGUACUGCGAGGCGUGGACACAGCGACUCCGAUGCGUCACUUUGUUGGCGUGAGAUAGCCGUGUGGCGAAAGGGUGUCCGGGCAACCCAAGCUACUUGAGUGAUCUAUGUCUCGUCGCGCACAUCUGUGAGGACUACCCUCGUAUGACAGUGCGAUAGCAGGUCGAUCUUGG